UGUUUGCACAGGAGAGGCUCAGCUGGUUCCCUUAGCAGUGGAACUACACAGUAUGUAAAUACACCUAGAAGCUCCGCCUCUUGCAGUGAUAGAGUGACAGAGAGAGGUGAGGAAGAAAGGGAGAGAGAGUAGUGUAAGGGGCACCAAGAUGGCACCUAGAGGCGGAACAAGGAAAGGAAAAAACAGACAAAAGUUGUCUGAAAGGAUGAAUGCUCACUCAGGUGUGAGCACAGUGGGCCAGUGGGGAUGGAAAAAAGGGGGCGGGUUUGAGGUCAGAACACAAGUAUGAGGUUGUCGAAUCUGCACCCCCUUCCCGCCCCCCUCCUUCUCAUCCCUUCAUCCUGUUUACCGACUUUCAAAGGACUUCUGUGUAUGCAAGUAGAAGAGGGAGUAGAUUGGGGGUAGAAAUAGUGAGCAAAAUCCCAACACCUCCUGCAAAAGCUCCGAAGAAGAGUGUUGAAGAUCAGUGGGUGCAGACAUGACUCUUUGCAGAUUCUUUCUGGUUAUCUUAAUUGGCCUUUUGCUCACGCCGACCUCUGAUGCUGGAAGACAGAUGACUAAACUUUCCACCCGGAAACUCUGUGCAGACUCGGACUGCAGCUAUGCCAUCCUGAUAGCUCGUGCUACGCAGGACUAUAACCCCGAAGACUGCAGGUUCAUCUCCAUCAGGCAGGGGCAGCUGGUUUAUGUCUACGCCAUGCUGCAGGACACUGGCAACCUCUUCUGGGCUGGAAGUGUCCAGGACGGAGAACAGGGGGCUCGGCUCGGUCACUUUCCCAGCACUGUGGUGGAGGAGGUGCAUCCUCUCAUGCCAGCUAACACAGAAGUGAAGACGACCAAAUGGGACUUUUACUGUAACUGAACUGGUAUAAAACUAGGAAGAGAUCAACCGUCUGGUUAUUUUACCUUACACAAUUAUAUAAUUGGUACACAUGCAUGUUCAAAAGCAAAUCAAAACAUUUGAAAUGCAAACAUUUUUUGGUAGUUUGCAGUGGUUUAGAAUUGCACUGUUUCUGAUAUCGCCGCCUUUCGCUACAUGCAAACUCCAAUCACAGUGAUAAAUAAUUUGAUGAAUACAGUGGUACCUUGGCUCAGCAUAUAAUUGUCUUUUGACUAAUUGUUAUGCUUUAGGCUGUGAGCAAAAAUUUGGGUUACAAGCCUCCCCAUUGCUAGUGGACGUAGCGAAUUGUCAUGACCUCUCAUGACAUUAUUAUUAGUUUCUAGUAUUUUAUUUCUUUUUGCCUCCUUUUGCCAUCACUUUGUUUGUCCAUGCUUCCUGUGACUGUUUGGUCUUUUAGCGCACUUCCCUGCUGCAAUAUUUUUGCUAUUAAAUACUUUUUACCUGCA